CAGUACGUAGAUACCAUGUGCCAAGUGCUGGUCUGAGGCUUGAGGAACCAGUUUUACCCUGGCAUUCGUCACGCCUAUCGUUCCUAGACAAAACACGAUUCUACAUUCUCGUGUCCUUUGCUGUCUCUGGCAGCCUUCUAUAACAUGUGCUAGCCAUCAGAAGCUGCUCUUUCUGUUAUCACUCCGUUCAUCUUAUAUGGUGGCACUAUUCGUAAUCAAUUUACCUGGAAAACAAACUUAACGGCAUCGAUCCCCGCUAUUGAAACAUCCACACUCCAACCAUUUGCCCAAGAUGAAAGCGCCCAAUCGCUUGCUGGGCUGCCUUGCAAUUUCUAUCAUCCUCUUCCUGUUCUGCAACUGGCUACGGCCAAUGUCACACAUCCCAGCUGGAAUACAAGAUGCAUGGAAAGAGGGCAACACGUAUCGUCUGGUCGUCUUUGGCGACGAUUGGUCCGAUAUUGGGAAGUAUCGAGUUUCUCCACCACCCCUAUCAACAAUCCGAGACAGGGACCCCGAUCGAGGUGAUAUGUGGACAGAGGCGCUCUGCCGAGAGCUCAACUGCGGUGCAAUUCACAAUUAUGCCCGGUCGAAGCCCGCAAACAUGAACGUCAAGACGAUUGGCUCUAUGGUUGACUCUAACGUCCUGGUUAAGGCUUCCGCCGGCGAGAAGAACGGCACAUUAGCACUCUUCGACCUCAGUACGCAAGUACAACAAUUUCUGGACCAAGAAGACAACGGCGGCUUCCUCAGAGGACGCGUUGGCAGAAGCGAAGGACCGACCAUGUUCACCAUAUUUUUUGGAUUCUGGGACUUGUUGGAAUUUGCAUCCUUAGAGAAGCAGGACGCUAUUCGCGCGGUUGAAGAGAGCAUUGAAGCACUGUUCCGCAAUCUCGAUCUUCUUGCUGAGCAUGCACAUCACCCUGUCCAAGUUGUCAUACCCAUGAUCAUGGACCCGACCUUCCUCCCGGUCUUUCAAGACAGAAGGAAUGAUUUCACAUCUGUGUUUGCGCACUACCAUCAUAAAGCCGUAUUUUUGUGGACUGCUUGGAAUACUGCCCUGUCUCAAGCUGCGGCGAAGUGGGAUCGCGGAGAUGCCUACGUCCCAGACACCAACGACAUCGUUAUAAGUCAGGUUCGACAAAAACAACUGCUCUCCAAGCACAUACCCGAUGGGCCUGGUCUCGACAAACAGGCACCCCUUUUUGAUAAUGUCGAACAGCCGUGUCUGUCCCCGAAGCAGGGGAACGGAGGCGAGGUGCAGGGCGAUGAUGUCGUCGAGAAGUGCUUUGACCCAACCCGCCAUCUCUUUUGGGACAGCAUUCACCUCAGCGGCCGUGCCCAUCAGCUAAUCGGACAAGAUGCCGCUCGCCUGGUACGCGGUAACAUGACGGCCAACAGUGCCACCCGACAACAAGGACUGGACGACGGUCCCCCCGCUGAGAACAAGAAAUAUGAUCAAAAGAACAGCCCAGGUUUCAAUUUGAAAUUCCCUCCAGGAUAUUAAAAAUAGGUCGCAAUGGAUCAUGUUCCACCACUGGGCUGAAUAGCAGCCAACGAAGCGCCGUGCGUCUACCCUCAGCAGGGUUGCAUUCCGUGAAGAGGAGUAACACUGUCCUCCCUGAUCUUUGAAAGCUUGUUUGUGGUCAUUGUGGUCGGUCGUGUUCAUUGUCAUUUCCUUGCAUGCCUGUCCUUGGAAUGUCUCACAGGGUGGGCCACUCACUGUCUUGGCCGCUUUUGGCGGACCCUGGACAAAGAAACGUCUCGCG